ACCUAUGACAACCAGCUAACGAGCAGCAAAGAAUGAGUAAAGCUGGUAAAAAGAAAGCAAAGAAAGGAGGAAAGAAAGGCAAAAAGAAAGACGGUGAUGACUUUGAGCUAAGUAUAGAGGAAAAAUUCAAAAAGACCUCACAAGAAGUUGGUUAUCUCAAAGAGCAGCUUGCUGAAAGACAAGAAUAUGCUCGUCGCUCAAAAGCAACAGAAGAAGCAAUGAGAGAAAGGUUAAUAGUCACUAAAGCAAUUGUAGAGGAAGAGAAAGUCAACAAGAAAGACAUCAGCUUUGAUCUGACGCGUCAAUACAAAACGCUCCAGCUACAAAGUGAAACAAAGAUACUAGCACUAGAAGAAACCAUAAAGAAACUAACUAGCGAAUUGCAGACAACAAAGCAGACACUGACUGAAGUGACUAGACAGAGGGAUAAGUUAAAAGAAGAGAAAGAGGUUGAAGUUGCAGCAUUGAAUAAUCAGUUGUCAUUCUUGAAGAAAUCAUACGAAACUAUAAUACAGGAUGCAAUGGACAGUUUAGCUGUUCAAAUGGAGGAUAGCAGAGGUCAGUGGGACAUUGAAAGUCAGACUCUGGACAGUGAAAUACAAAAUGUUCUUGUGAAAUUUGGAACACCAGACAUCCACACGAAACCACUUAAAUAAUCACAUCUAAAACUUUACUGCAUGCUUUAUUGUAUAAUUUACAUGCUAAGAUUGUUAUUGUUUACUUUAAGUCAGUCAAUGUUAA